CCCGCCGAUCUCGACGAGCUCUUCUUCAGAACCGGAAAACGGACUGCGCCCUAGGUAGCAGACCACAGCCAUUUCGUGAUACAGCAAUGGCUUCCAACUACACCGUUCGUCACAUCCCGGGCGUUCUGGCUAAAUGCCAGCCCCGCGUCGUCACCCGCACCUCGCGACGCCUCGCUUCCACCUCCGCUUCUCAAACCCAGAACCCCGCCUACCCGCUCUAUCCAUCUGUCACCCAGCUCCUCCACGAAAAGGGCAUCCCCGACUCCGAAGUAUCUAAGAUCCCCGCUUCAGGCCCCAAAGGCCGUCUCCUUAAGGGAGAUGUCCUCGCAUACCUUGGCCUCAUCGCAUCAGACUAUCCCGCCUCUCAAGCAUCGCGGAUCGCGAAGCUCGCCCACCUCGAUCUAAGCAACAUCAAGAUCGCUCCUCCACCGGCACCUGCGGCUCCAGAACCUGCAGCCGAGAAGCCAGUAGUAAAGGCUCCUCCCACAAUAUCGGUUGCCGUCUCAAUCUCCCUGGGAACUGUUCUCCACGUCCAGAAGAAACUCCAGAAGUCUCUCGGCGUGACAAUCCCACUAUCCACCUUCCUCGCCCGGGCCACCGACCUGGCCAACGAUGAUCUCCCGCGUUCACCAAACGCUAAGCAAUCGUCAAGCGAGAUAUUUGAUGAACUUCUCGGCGCAGAGCCCAUCAAAACUACCCGGGGCGAAUAUAUCCCCGAACUCAAUGCUCUUGACGGGCCCAUCGAGGCACCACCCACCCAGUCAGUGAAGGAAGACCUCAUCGACUUCCUCAGCGGAGCUAGCACAAACAAGCGCGCGCCGCAGGUCGUCGAUACCGAGUCUUUUGAACCUGAGCAGGCCCUCAAUGUUUUCAGCUUGACCGUUCCCGUGGGCGAGGAGAAGAGAGCCCGCACUUUUCUGGAGCGGGUCAAGACUCUAUUGACCAUUGAACCAGCACGCCUAGUUAUAUAGACUUUCCUCUCCUAAUUUUUACUUUGUAACAACUGAAAUAGCGUCGAGAAGAUAUUCAUUAUGUACCAUUGACUACCUUCGUUAUAUUUAAAGCACUCCGUACAAGAAAUCAUAGGUUAGGGCUGAUUCGAAUACAUAUAUAUAUAUACUGACCCCACGGGCCCACGCCCAACCAACUGAUCUACUAGAGAAAUCCAG